AUGCGGCCGCGGUCGCGCUCCUUCUCGGAGAUGUCCAUCUCGCUGUCGGCGGCGCCGUCGCCCGCCGAGCGGGAGGCGCUGCGCACGCCGCGCUCGCCGCCGGCCGGCUACGCGUCCCCGCCGCUCGUGGGGGCGCUCAUCGAGUCGCUCUCCUUCCGGAGCUGCGGCUUCGGCCGCGCCGCCUCCUCCGCCUUCGAGAAGGAGGACCUCCGCCUCCGCGCCACGCUCCCGCAGCGCCUCCGCGACGCCGUGCACGCCGCGCUCAAGGCGCGCGACCCCUCCGCCGGCGCCUUCGCGCUCGCCGAAGCCCCCGGGGUCGGCGGCGCCGCGGCCAACCCGUGGUUUGCGCUCGCGCCCGAGGACGCACCCGAGAACCCCCUCGUCGCCUUCGUCAACCCGCGCAGUGGCGGCCGCCUCGGCCCCGUCCUCAAGACCCGCCUCCAGGAGCUCAUUGGCGAAGACCAGGUUUUUGAUAUUACGAUCGUCAAACCUUCCGAAUUUGUGGAGUAUGCUCUGGGUUGUUUGGAGCAACUUGCCGAUUCUGGGGAUCAUAGUGCAAGAUCAGUUCGCGAUAACCUGAGAGUCAUGGGUGCUUCAUUUCCUUUCUCAUGGAAAGCUGCUGCUAAACGAUCUCUCUACAAGGCUAUUUUGGGCCCAGUUUCUUCUUUGGACAGCUGGCACGUCGUUGUUUCUAUGCCAGAAGAAAAAGAGGAAGAACAAGAACUGAAUCUUCCCCACUCCCUUAGGCACCUCGGGGAGUGUACAUUUUAUGAUGACGGCACUGCUGAGGGAGAGUUGCCUGAGACAAUUUUAUGCUUUGAUGGCGUCUUCUAUAAUUACUUCAGCAUAGGGAUGGAUGCUCAAGUGGCAUACGGAUUUCAUCAGCUACGUGACGAGAAGCCAUUCCUUGCAAGUGGUCCUUUAUCUAAUAAGUUAAUUUACGCAGGAUAUACCUGCAAGCAAGGAUGGUUCUUUACACAGUGUAUUAGCGACCCUGAACUACGGGGAUUGACGAACAUUAUCCGUUUAUCAGUAAAGAAGAUGGACAGUUCUGAGUGGGAGCACAUCCCUGUACCAUCAAGUGUAAGGGCUAUUGUUGCGUUAAACCUUCACAACUAUGCGAGUGGAAGGAACCCAUGGGGAACUUUGAAACCUGAAUACUUGGAAAAGAAAGGAUUUGUCGAAGCCCAAUCAGAUGAUGGCCUUCUUGAAAUAUUUGGGUUGAAGCAAGGGUGGCAUGCAUCGCUCGUGAUGGUUGAACUUAUAUCUGCCAAACACAUUGCCCAGGCAGCAGCAAUCCGGUUAGAGAUCAAAGGUGGUCAAUGGAGGGAUGCAUACAUGCAAAUGGAUGGGGAGCCAUGGAAGCAACCGCUGAACGCCGAGUAUUCGACAUUCGUUGAUAUCAAAAGGGUGCCUUACCGGUCAUUGAUCAUCAAUGGUGCAGAUCGUUAGUGAGAGCUAAAGAUUUAGAGUCCUGGCCUAGCUGGACCUGCCCAAAACAAUUUUCAGCUUCCAGCGAGGAAGCUUGAUGGACAUCGAGCUGAAUCCUGAUCAUGCUUGCACAAAACCAUAACUUUAUAUGGAGUUGAGGAUACAUAGAGUUCGUAGAACAACAACA